CGCAGCUUCGGGUUGCCUGAUGAAAUGAACAUUGAAGCUUCCCUCUACAAACAUCACCAAAUCCACCAAAUCCACCAAGCUCUACUCUAUACCCAUUCCUCCUCCAGAUACCUUAUAAAACUCAUUACUUCCGCAAUAGACCACAUAUAAAAUUCAACAUGACGUCAAUAGGAACAGGCUACGAUCUCGCCAACUCCAUCUUCUCCCCCGACGGACGAAAUUUCCAAGUCGAAUACGCAGUCAAGGCAGUAGAAAAUGGCGGCACAUCCAUCGGUAUCCGAUGCAAGGACGGUGUAGUCCUAGCGGUCGAGAAGGUCGUCACUUCUAAGCUACUAAAGCCCGGCGCAAACAAGCGAAUUGCGACUAUUGACAGACAUUUGGGUGCUGUUUACUCCGGCAUGGUACCAGAUGGCCACCACUUCGUAGACCGAGCCCGGGACGAGGCGCGCGCUUGGCGUGAGACUUUCAAGACACCUAUUUCGACGUCCGAUCUAGCGAGCCGUAUGGGCGGUUACCUACAAGCCUACACUCUCUACCAAUCUGUCCGUCCAUUUGGCAUCACGGCCAUCAUAGGCGGUUUCGACUCGGAGCUCGAAGCACCCGUCGACGGAGAAGUGGGCUCCGGCCCUUCUGUCGGUGCGGGCGGCAAGGUAGAAGGCAAAAAGCACGGUGGCCCCGGUCUAUACAUGAUCGAGCCGAGCGGCAUGUACUGGGGAUACUACGGCGCGGCAACAGGCAAGGGCCGACAAGCAGCCAAAGCAGAACUCGAGAAGCUGAAUCUAGCCGAGGGGACACUAGACCUUAAGCAGGCGGUGAAGGAGGCGGCACGAAUCAUCUACGUCGCGCAGCAAGAUAACAAGGACAAAGAGUUUGAGCUAGAGAUGAGCUGGAUCAGCGGCGUCGACGGACCCACUAAGGGCCGGCACCAGGAUGUGCCCAAGGACCUCCUCGAGGAGGCCGAGCGCUUAGCGAAGAAGGCUAUCUCGGAAGAUGACGAGGAGGAGGAGGAGAAGGAAGAUGAUAAGAUGGAGGAAUAAGAGAAAGUAUUUUGACCUUCCGUUGGGAGAAAGGAGUUUGUACUUGUACAGCAAACAGCAAACGUGGCGAUACGCUCGGGAUAGGGCGACGGUCAUAGACGAAUUUUAUCUAAGAGCCAUGGUUCCCAAUUGAGAAACGCUUUGAUGCUGGGUAUUUGCCUCCUAUCUCAAUUGGAGUGGAUUUGGUGUUCUCAGCCACAUGAAAUAAAGGUCGUGAUAGUACCAAGGUAUGUUUUAUCGGUCGUGUCUUUCUCACAGACGUGUCUCCAUUGAUUUUCUUAGACUUGUGAGCUAUCCCAGUAUCGUAUUAAAACCCCGCUACUUAAAUGAUAACUACCCUCGCCCCGGAGCAGAAAACCCCUGUGAAAGUAGAAGACAAACGCAGAUUCAGAUCAUUGUGCUGGAAUUACUACCUUACGAAGAUAUAACGGAGACAUCACGCCGCGAGUCGUUACCACGGACGCCGAUAUCCAACCACCUACCCUCUAAAUACGUAAAGUAAAGCGUCACAGCAUCUCCCCAUGCCAACCAUCCGGCACUCAUCCAUUGACCAUCCAAACCACUAGGCCAAUUCCUCGGAAGAGAACGUCCAGGUAUCAUCGCCUGUGUUCAAAAGUCGCCAGUGCCCCUUCAGUUCCAACUUCUCACCCUGCAACGAC